CGUCGGCGGACCCUGCAUUGCUACCUUACUAUACCGCCGCAGAGUAGGCCGCUUACAUCCUAAGCUUUCAUACCAAGCUUCCGAUCCGAUCAAGACGCAUGCGCAAUUGCUCUACAGCCCAGAGAUCGUGACACAAAUCAUUUCCUUUGUCGAGGGCAAGUCCAAAUAUUCGACCAACGUCCCGAGUGGCCUGAAAUUGAGCAUGCCGGACUUGUUGAGUCGUAAACUAAAGUACAUUGAUGGGGCCAGGGCAGCACGAGUCGAGGUCAGGGGCAUAUUAACCUUGGAUGAGAUACAGGCCGCCAAAAAGACGCUUUGCAGAGUGAGACCAGCCACAAGAGUUGGAUUGAGGCCAUUGACCGGUUGGGGAAACAAGGCCAAGACGGCGUUUGAGACCACGCUUCCUAGCGGCCUGUUUCCAGAUGUGGCGAGGAAGGAGCUGCUGGCAAGUGACGUCCCAGACCAGGCUCCAGACUCGGCUCCAGACUCGGCUCCAGACUCGGCCGCUCCUUCCCCCUAUGGAAGAUCACCGACACAGAAGCGCAGGGCAUUUUUGAAGCAGUUCAUUCCCUUUCUUCGGGGCCAUCUUCAGAGAGGCCUCGUGCUGGACACCCUGGCGGCCGUGGCUGGCCUUGGCUGGCCUUCCAAGCCGUGACCUCGUGUCGGUACUCCUCAACGAAGUGAUCCGGUUCGACGAGGAGGGCCAAUCGGUAUCUGCUCUGAGCAAAUUGAUGUCGCUAUGCGACCGUCCGAAGCCCAAACCCACACCCUGGGUGGGAUGGAUCCAGCCCCCUGCCAACGACC